CGGGGCGCGGCCGGCGGCCUGCCCAACUUCGUGCUGCUGCUGGCGGAUGAUUUGGGCUUCGGAGACCUGGGGAGUUACGGGCACCCCUCCUCCGCCACGCCCCACCUGGACCGGAUGGCGGCCCGAGGGCUGCGCUUCACCGAUUUCUACAGCAGCUCUGCGGGCCGCCCUGCUGACCGGCCGCUUCCAGAUGCGCUCUGGGAUUUACCCUGGUGUGUUUUACCCUGACUCCCGGGGAGGCCUUCCCCUGUCUGAGGUCACCAUUGCAGAGGUGCUGAAGGCUAAAGGUUAUGCCACGGCCAUAAUUGGCAAAUGGCACCUCGGCCUGGGCGCUCGUGGCUCCUUCCUGCCCACCCACCAGGGCUUUGACCACUUCCUGGGGGUGCCGUACUCCCACGACCAGGGCCCCUGUCAGAAUCUCACCUGCUUCCCACCCGACAUCAAGUGUUUUGGGACCUGUGACCAGGGCCUCGUGCCCGUCCCACUGCUCUGGAACCAAAGCAUCGUGCAGCAGCCGGUCUCCUUCCCUGAUCUGGUGCCUCUCUACAACAAAUUUGCACGGGACUUCAUUGCCGACUGCGCCCGGCGAGGUGUGCCCUUCCUGCUCUACUAUGCCUCCCAUCAUACCCACUAUCCCCAGUUUGCAAGCCAGCACUAUGCAGGGCAGUCAGAGCGUGGGCCGUUUGGUGAUGCGCUUUCGGAGUUUGACGGCUCAGUGGGGCAGCUGCUGCAGGCACUGCAGGAGAAUGGCCUGGAGAACACAACCUUUGUGUUUUUCACCUCUGACAACGGCCCUUCCACCAUGCGGAUGGCACGCGGAGGCAGCUCUGGCCUUCUGAAAUGUGGGAAGGGCACAACGUAUGAAGGUGGCAUGAGGGAACCAGCAGUGGCCUAUUGGCCAGGCCGUAUCGCUCCAGGAGUGACUCAUGAGCUGGCAAGCACCUUGGACAUCCUGCCAACACUGACUGCCCUGGCUGGAGCAGCUCUUCCCAACGCUUCCCUGGAUGGUUAUGACCUGAGUCCACUGCUGUUUGGGUCAGGGAAGAGUCCCCGUCAGACCAUGUUCUUCUACCCUCCAUCCCCUGAUCCACUGCAUGGCCCCUUUGCUGUCCGGCUCGGGAAGUACAAGGCCCACUACUUCACACAAGGUUCCUUUCACAGCGACACAACCCCAGACCAGGCCUGCCACGGGCUGACCCCGCUGACCCAUCAUGAGCCCCCGCUGCUCUUUGACCUGGAGUCAGACCCUGCUGAGAACUACAAUUUGGUGCAGAGCGCUGCAGGGCCAGAAGUUUGGCAAAUCCUGAAGGACAUCAAACUGCAGAAGACACUUUUUGAGCAACGCAUGGAGUUUGGGGAAAGCCAGAUGAAGAAGGGUGGGGAUCCUGCCCUGGAACCCUGCUGCAAGCCAGACUGCACUCCCAAGCCCUCCUGCUGCUGCUGCUCAUAGCCUUUUGCUGCUCCACCCUCCUCUGCUGAUCCUAAACCCACCAGACCCCCCUGAUUAACCACAUGUAGCCUCAGUGCUACCCCAGAGCUUCAGCUCAGUGAUGCUGCUGACUGAGGGAGUGCUGCCCGGUGAGCUGAGGGUUGGGCAGGCCACCAGCCCUGCUGGCUGUGCAGGUCGUUGUUGGACCUCCAAGCUGUGAUCUGUUAACAGAAAUUCUGAGGGACCAGGAGCCAGAAUCAUCAGCAGAGCCAGCACAGCCCCUUUCAAACCACAGUUAAGGUGAAGCACAGGUAUGCCCUGGUGUCUGGAGAUCCCAGCUCGGCAGGAGGCGUGCUGUGCAACCCUUGUGAGAGCAGUGUGAGCUGCAGCAGAGUCACUUUGCAGGGGAUGAGAACAAAGCAAAGAGCAGGAUGGGCUGGAUGGUCCUGACAGCUUCAGGGAUGGAGCUUCGUACAGCUAGUGCAGAGAGGACAUGCCAAUCAAUCAUAGGAUUGCUCAGGUUGGAAAAGACCUUAAAGAUCAUCAAGUCCAACCCCAACCCAACCAUCCCACCCCAACUCUAACAGC